AUGACAAGCGACAUUUUUACAGAUUUGUACAUUUUCCUUCUUUUCUUUCACUUCUUUCUUUCUUUUUCCUUCUUUUCUUUCACUUCUUUCUUUCUUUGUCCUUUCUUUCUUUUUCCUUUUUUUCUUUCUUUCUUUCUUUUUCCUUUCUUUCUUCCAGUUUUUUCCUUUUUUUCUUUCAGUUCUUUUUUCUUUUUCCUUCUUUUCUUUCAUUUUUUCAUUUUCCUUUCUUUCUUUCAGUUCUUUCUUUCUUUUUCCUUCCUUUCGUUCAGUUCUUUCUUUCAUUUUUCUUUCUUUCCUUCUUUCGGUUAUUUCUUCCUUUUCCUUUCUUUCUUUGAGUUCUUUUUCUUUUUCCUUUCUUUCGUUCAGUUCUUUCUUUCUUUCAACUCUUUCUUUCAUUUUCUCUUUUUCUUUCUUUCAGUUCUUUCUUUCUUUUUCCUUCUUUUCUUAGCGUUCUUUCUUUCUUUCUUUUUCCUUUCUUUCUUUCAGUUCUUUUUUUCUCUCUUUCAGUUCUUUUUUUUUUUUCCUUCUUUUCUUUUUUCUUUUUCAUUCAUUUUUUCCUUUCUUUUUCCUUUCUUUCUUUCAGUUCUUUUUUUCUCUCUUUCAGUUCUUUUUUUUCUUUCUUGCUUUCAGUUCUUUCUUUCUUUUUCCUUUUUUUCAGUUCAUUCAUUUUCCUUUCUUUCUUUCAGUUUUUUCUUUCUUUUUUCUUCUUUUCUUUCACUUCUUUCUUUCUUUUUCCUUUCUUUUUCUUUUCUUUCUUUCAGUUCUUUUUUCUUUCUUUUUCCUUUAUUUCUUUCAGUUCUUUCUUUCUUUUUCCUUCUUUUCUUUCGGUUCUUUCAUUCUUUUUCUUUUUUUUCUUUCACUUCUUUCUUUCUUUUUCCUUUCUUUUUCUUUUCUUUCUUUCAGUUUUUUCUUUUUCCUUCUUUUCUUUCAGUUCUUUCUUGGCCUAAAACGUUCAUAAUUGUAAAAUAG